AUGUUCUUAACAGCUUUUAUACGACGUACUAUUUCAAUACAGAGAUCUGUACCUAUUAAACAUAGUUUUUACUCUACAGGAACUUCUUCUCGUGAUGCCUUUAUAUUAGAACAACAAGCAGAAAAAGAACAUGCUGGUAAAACAGCAAAUUUAUGGCGAAAAAUAUCAAUUUUGUAUGUUUUAGCUGAUUUAUCAUUAUUUAUCGUAUUUAGUAUUUGUAUUCCUGCACUGCUUCUCUCUGGUGCAAAUGCUUUACAAUUAUAUUUGAAGCAUCAUGAUCAUCUAUCGCAUGUAUUAGAAGAACGGGAAAAUGAUCCUACUCCUGAAUAUCCAUAUUUAGAUCAAAAUAUACGAAAUAAAAAAUUCUUCUGGGGUAAGCAAGAUAUUUGUAUGUUUUCUGUAAUUCUUACAUGA